CAGUCAGUGGCGCUGCUCGAUAGGCAGACGAUAGCGGAGUGCACCACUGAGUACGGCUGCGGACGAUCAGUAGCAGCUGAUCCGCAAAACCGUGUAGUCUCCACUGUCACAAGCGACGAAAUAUUUAUCUACAGUUUAUUACUGUACUUCUGCUUGACCGCGCGAGUGUUGAUUCACCGUUUCUUUCCUUAAAUAUCUUGUUACCGUGCGUCUAACUCUUCAUAAGUAAAUUUUCGUGGAAAUUCGUCGCUCACACGAAGGAUACUGAAUUGAGAGAAGGUGAUAGUACACUGAGGGAGAACAACCGAUUCGCUGUUGGCUCGAGGGAGAAAAGGUCGUGUUGAAGAAAAGGUCGUGCGGUCGUGCACAUCGUCGAGAUCUUCGUGAGAAACAAUGCUAAUCUGGAAGGAUGACUUAGUGUCCGAUUGAAUUGUCGCGACGACCGACUCCCGACGUCGAUCGAAUCACGAGAGCGGCGACGAAUCACAGCGGCUAUUUUACUGCCCCCGUCGAAACUUGGACCGAAAUGUCUUUUCUCUCGCCUCGCGGCGGCAGCCGCAGAGCUCCCAUCAUAUGCUUCCUCGCCUUCGCAGUAUUUUUCGCUCUCUACCAACUUGGCAUCAUUUGCCGCUCCGCGAAAGAACCUCCGAGCUCGGUCAUGGUCGCCAAAGAGAAAUUUGUUGUUGGCCCAGACCACAAGACGUACGGGUACGACCGAAAUAUGCCUCUGAUAUUCAUUGGCGGCGUACCGAGGUCGGGUACCACUCUGAUGAGGGCCAUGCUCGACGCCCACCCGGAAAUCAGAUGCGGCCAAGAGACGAGGGUGAUACCGAGAAUUUUGCAGAUGAGAACGCACUGGCUCAAAUCCGAGAAAGAAUCUGUGAGAUUGAUCGAAGCAGGAAUCUCUAAAGAGGUAAUGGACAGCGCGAUCGCGGCGUUCUGUCUGGAAAUAAUAGCUAGGCACGGAGAACCUGCGCCCCGGCUGUGCAACAAAGAUCCUCUUACUCUGAAAAUGGGCUCUUACAUUCUGGAUCUCUUUCCCAACGCUAAAUUUUUGUUCAUGGUUCGCGAUGGACGUGCCACUGUUCACUCGAUUAUUUCUCGAAAGGUUACCAUCACGGGAUUCGAUCUGACCUCCUACCGACAGUGUCUCAUCAAAUGGAACAACGCGAUAUCGGCGAUGCACGAGCAGUGCAAGGAAGUUGGCUCCGAUAAGUGCCUGAUGGUGCGCUACGAACAAUUGGUCCUUCAUCCCCGAGAGUGGAUGGAAAAAAUUCUGCUCUUUCUCGACGUACCUUGGAACGAGGCGGUGCUGCAUCACGAGGAAUUCAUCAACAAACCCGGUGGCGUGCCACUCAGCAAACUUGAAAGAUCCUCGGACCAGGUUAUCAAACCAGUGAAUUUGGAGGCAUUGACCAAAUGGGCAGGGCACAUACCGCAAGCCGAAGUUUCCGAUAUGAGCGAACUGGCGCCCAUGCUGUUGGUCCUUGGCUACGAUCCGUACGCGAAUCCACCCGUUUACGGUCCCGCGGAUUCUCUCGUCAGCGACAACACGAGGCGAGUGAUGGCAGAAGGCGACAUGUGGGUUGAGAAAGCGAGAGAGUUGGCUCUUCAAGAAAAACCGUUGCCGAUAAGCACGGAGGAAGAAACGACGAACGCGUGACCCCUCCGGGGCGACCCUCGCGUUGAUAAACACAACUUGCAAAUGCACAACUCUAAUGUGUACAAUUACGAUGAUGUAUAACGCAACGUAUUUGACAUUGUGGUGUCUCGUCGCUUUGCUCGUUACGAUGAUCGCUAAGCCCCGUCGCCCGCUGCUUCGACCACAAAGUCCUCUUUUUUCUACAACGGCACUGUUGAAUUCUUGUUCUAAGUUCCGAACCCUACCAUAUCCGAUUUAACUGAUAAAUGGGAAAAGACUGCGAACCAACUUGGAACAGGAUCAGUGAAAGGUCAUCGAACCAUGAAGAAGACGACGGACUUUAUUUUAUCGUCCACCAAAAGUUCUAAUCAGUUGUGCUAAUCGACAUUGCAUCAUACACUUUUGAACAACCCGGUUGGGAGGAGAAAAAUAAUGACAUAUUUCGGGCUCCA